AUGCCUUCCGACGAGAAGAAGCCUUCCCGCUCUGGCGCCAUCACCUCUUCCAGCGGCGAGCGCCACAUUCCCUCUUCCACCCGUGCCGACGGCUCGGUCCGCAAGGAGAUACGCAUCCGCCCUGGCUACCGGCCUCCUGAGGACAUCGAUGUCUAUAGGAGCAAGACGGCCCAAGCAUGGAGAGACAGGGGCAAAGCGGGUGUUCCAGGCGCCGAUUCCACAGACUCAAAACCAGCGACCCAGAGUGCUUCUGCCAACAAAAAUGCAAAGAGACGGGAGGCCCGCAAAAAGGCCGCGGCGGCCGCUGGUGCUGGUGAGGGUGAUGACGGAGACAAGAACGAGCCAAACCCCACCGAGGAGACGUCUUCUGCUGCUCCCACCGCUGCUCCCGCAGAGCAGCAAAAGGACCCCGAAGCUGAACGGGAGAAGGAGGCUAAGAAGCUGGCCAAGAAGCUGCGUCAGGCCCGGGAGCUAAAGGACAAGAAGGACAAGGGCGAUUCACUGCUCCCCGAACAAUUCGAAAAAGUUAUUAGGAUCAGCGAGCUUGUCCGUCAGCUCGACAAUCUCGGUUUCGACUCCAAUGGCGAGAAGAAACAGCAAGAAACCGAAAAGACAUGA